CCAAACCUACCCAUUCACACAAGCACUUUACCUAAGGCGACCUGCUACAGCCACCCCAAUGUCCAAAGCCAACCUUUCUAAGAUCAUCAGAAAUCCUAGAGAACUGCUUUUAAAGACCACUUUAAACAAUUCCAAAAGGUCUGACUCCCUGGAAGCAAAAUAUAAAGAAAUGAUGGGCGGCUCAAAAAUUUUGCACAGUACUGUAUAGAUAUUUGUAGCACUUCACAAGUCCAACUCCCACCUCUACUACUUGUAGUCUUGUUUUCAUGUUGCUCCUUGUGUUAUUCAUUUUCUUUUCCUUCUAUUUGUAUGAGCUUGUGGCAUGUUUGGGGAUUUUGUCUUUUACUUAACCUUGCCUGGUUUGUAUGCUUUGCUGCCUGCCUUGAUGUGUAUGACCCAUGUCCGUUUUUGCAAUGAAAAGUUAGAUAUUUUAAAUAACACACCCAGCAACCCAGCAAGAAAAGUGUUUCCUGUGUUUGUCACAAACAGUUAUUUAGAUAACUCCCGCAAUAAACAAGGGACCACUGUAGGGACCACUGUAUAUAUAGGGACCACUGCAAAGAGGGGCUAAGGCAUUUGUGAAUUUUGACUGCCUGAUGAACUGAGGAGCUACAUCCUGGUCACACUGAACUACAAUUCCUUUAGCCCUCCACCCAAACUAACUCAGAGGGCAACCUCCAUAAGGCUCGCAUCUAUUCCUGCAUCUGGGUUGACUGACAACAAUACCUCUUGGAUUACUGUUCUUCCAAAAGCAUUUCCCAAGGCCCCAGAGACUCAUUCACUGCUUACCUCCCCAGAGAGCACAUUGCAAGAGGUCCCCACUUCUUGUUUUUGAGUCUGUGCUAACCUCCAAAACUGCUGUUGUGACUCACAGCCUUUCCCCUUCACUCCACAGUAAAAUCGUUGCCAGUGUCAUGUUCCCCAGUAUAGCUGGUUUCACAUUAAUUAGAAAAAGCAGGUCACUGCCACUAACUGCUUUAAAUGAAAAUAACGUCAUUUUCACAUAAUUUUUUCAAAUAAUUAAAUUAAGUCAUUAAUUUAGUGCUACCUUGGUACUACUUACCUUGUCAAAGUGUAAAGUUUCAAUAGCUGACUGUGGCUUGCUUUGUAGGCUACUGUGUUGUUCAAUGAUGCAGUUCUGGAAACUAGAAUUACUUGCUUUGAUUACAAUAAUAUGAUAAAACAGAUAUUUUAAUGGAGAAAAUUUGCAUGCACUGCAUUACUUUAACAAGGAAAUUAAUUAUGUUAUGGUUCACCAAGUUCUGGAGCCAAUGGUAAAGCUAUUUUCUUCAAAUCAAAUCAGCACUGUUGAGGUGUGUGUGUGUGUGUGUGGUUUCUGAUCAAAAGUUAAUCAGCUUUGUAGAAGUUUUGAUAUUUUUUAUGAUGUCCAUCUGACUAACUUCCCAACAUCUAUCUAUACAUACAUUUUCUUCCACUUAUACAAUUCAGGGUUGCAAGGUGGCCCAAGUGAGGUACAGCCCGAACAAUCACUAUGCGAGCACACAGACGCAAACAAUGAUUCGUGGUCAUUAGGUUUACUGGCCAUUUAUAAUUUGCCAGUAAACCUAAUUUCUUGAGAGAGCCCAUGGAGGCACAUGGGGAGCUUGCAAACUAGACACAGAAUGGCCCCAGCUGGUUGUAAGUGCCGUCGUUACCACUGUCACCUUAUAGUAAAAGGUUCAGGGAAUACAGCUCUCCAGUACAUGGUAGUACAGUGGUAUGCAAAAGUUGGGGCAUCCCUGAUAAUUUUCAUGAUUUUUCUUCAUAAAUCAUUGGUUGUUUGGAUCAGCAAUUUCAGCAAUAUAUCAUAUAGCAGAUGAACAAAAUUAUAUUUGAGAAGUGAAAUAAACUUUAUAGAAUUUACAAAAAGUGUGCAAUAGUUACUUAAACAAAAUACAGUUGCAUACAUUUGGGCAUCCUUGCCAUUUAAUGAUUUUAAUACCUUUAGCACUAAUUAUUGGAACACAAAAUUUGUUUGGUAAGCUCCCUGAUCCUUGAUCUACACACACAGGCGAAUCCAAUCAUGAGAAAGGGUAUUUACACUGCAUCAUUCAACUAUUCAGCCCACUUUGCACAAGGGGAUGCUGUAUAGGAGAGUAAUGCAGAAUUAGCCUUUUCUGCACACAUGCCACAAACAGAAUGGCUUGAGGUAUGCUAAAGCACAUUUUGACAAGCCAGCUUCAUUUUGGAAUAAGGUCCUGUGGACUGAUGAAACUAAAAUUGAGUUAUUUGGGCAUAACAAGAGGAAACAGAACACAACAUUCCAAGAGAAAGACUUGCUACCCACAGUAAAAUUUGAGGUUGAGGGUCCCAUGGAUUCCAGUCAAUAUCAGCAGAUUCUUUUAAUUCAACUCAAUUCAAUUUUAUUUAUAUAGCCAAAUCACAACAACAGUCGCCUCGAGGCACUUUAUAUUGUAAGGUAUACCAUACAAUAAUACAGAGAGCAACGUUCAAGAAUCAGUGAUAAAGUUGAAGUUGUGCCGGAUAUUGAGCUGGAUAUUUCAACCAGACAAUGGCCCUAAACACUGCUCAAAAUCUACUAAUGCAAUCAUGCAGAGGAACAAGUACAAUGUUCUGGAAUGGCCAUCUCCAGACCUGAAUAUUGAAAAACUUGAAAAUCUAUGGUGGAUUUUUCUGUUGGGGUGCCCAAAUUUAUGCACCUGCCUAAUUUUGUUUAGGUAACUAUUGCACACUUUCUGUAAAUCCUAUAAACUUAAUUUCACUUAAAUAUCAUUGUGUUCAUUUGCUAUAUGAUAUAAUUAGAUGACAGUGCUGAUUUAUGAAGGAAAAUCAUGAAAAUUAUCAGGGAUGCCCAAACUGUUGCAUAUCGCUGUAAAUGGGUCACCAGUAACCUCACUGAUGUUAGUUGCAUUAUUUUUUAACACGAAUAAAGAGAUCAGUGUGUAUUCCGUCUUCGUCAGUCUCAUGGUAGUAGCAUUAGCCAAAAGUUGAAGAAAUAAAACAGACUACAUAAAAAGAAACCUGUUGCAAUUUAGGUCUUUUUGGGUUCUUUGGGGGGGGGGGGUUGCCAGUCUAGAAGAGCUGGGCAGAGGGUGCAGUCUUCUAAUAGUCUGGAAAGACUGACAUAGUCCUAUUUGGUUGGUCGAUGCAAUGCUUUAGGCCAACUCCAAUGAAACUGAACCUGCUCUCCAGUGUUACUGCAACAAGGAUUUUGGAAGUGAUAACAGAAGGAAGAGGGUUGUUCAACCACCUCAACAUCCAUUAAAGAGAAACAAUCAGGACAACAUCUGGACAUUAAAUUAGGCCUUAAUUUUGGUGUUUAAUUAGUAAAUGAAGAGUUGGGGUUGUGGGGGAAUUAAGAUCCAAAAAAGUAUGAUUCCAAAAAAAGUAAUUCUCACUUACAGCUUUCUCUUUGUGCCCAGACUUCUAGGCCUUUGCCUUCCAGACCUUUGUCUACAGUUGACACAACAUAAAAUAAUAAAAUUUAUACUAAUGUCUAUGGAGUCAUUGGAUCACACAACAGCUUGCUAAGUGUAUACACAUGUGUGCGUUUAGGUUGAAACUAUUUCCUAAGCCCUGUUGUUUAUAAGAGGUUAACAGAGUAUAUUACAGUUAGGCUGGGGAAAAAAAAAUCAUUGUUGCUUCAUUGUUUACAUUUCAGAUACAAGUGACUGAUGUCCCUGUUGCUGUGUCUCUUCUCUCCCCCUUUAGCACAGCCAAAUCCACCAAAAAUUCAUGAAGGAUGGUGGGCAUACAAGGAGGUGGUGCAGGGGAGCUUUGUUCCAGUGCCAUCAUUCUGGGGGCUGGUAAAUUCAGCCUGGAACCUAUGCUCAGUAGGGAAGAGGCAGUCGCCAGUGAACAUCGAGACCAGCCACAUGAUCUUCGACCCCUUCCUUACACCCAUAAAGCUGAACACUGGCAGACGCAAGGUGGGAGGAACAAUGUACAACACAGGCCGUCACGUCUCUCUUCGACUGGACAAGGAGCACCUGGUUAACAUCUCUGGAGGGCCAAUGACGUAUAGCCACCGUCUGGAGGAGAUCCGGCUACACUUUGGCAGUGAGGAUGUCCUGGGCUCAGAGCACCUACUUAACGGACAGGCCUUCUCUGGAGAGGUUCAGCUGAUCCACUACAAUCAUGAGCUGUACACAAAUUAUACAGAAGCUGCAAAAAGCCCCAAUGGACUGGUCAUAGUGUCUAUAUUCAUGAAGAUUGCUGAGACCUCGAACUCAUUCCUGAAUCGAAUGCUGAACAGAGACACCAUCACAAGAAUAACAUAUAAAAAUGAUGCAUAUCUACUGAAUGGCCUGAACAUAGAGGAGAUUUAUCCAGAAACAAGUAGUUUUAUCACAUAUGAUGGAUCGAUGACCAUCCCUCCAUGUUUUGAGACUGCCACGUGGAUCUUGAUGAACAAGCCAGUGUAUCUCACACGGAUGCAGAUGCACUCCUUGCGGCUGCUGAGCCAGAACCAGCCCUCUCAGAUCUUUCUAAGCAUGAGUGACAACGUUCGUCCUGUGCAGCCUCUAAACAACCGCUGCAUCCGCACCAAUAUUAACUUCAGCAUGCAGGGCAAAGACUGCCCAAACAACAGGGCCCAGAAGCUCCAGUACCGAGUGAACGAGUGGUUGCUGAAGUAGCCUUCUCAGAUGAACGUGAAGACGAGACAGAGAUGGAGUUCAGGAUGAGGGGAGAGAAAUAGAAAAAGAAGUGAGGCAGGGAAGACUGAAGAAGAAAACUGGUCUCGAGGCUGUAUCUCAUCUAAGACUUUUUCAUGGCAUUGUAUAAAGACAAAUAACACCAGACAUUAUUUAAAUGAAGGGACUUUGCAUUGCAAGGAAAGAGACUCUUCUUUUCAUACAGUGACAACGGUUUGAACCUUUGAUCAAACACAUGCUAACAGGUCCUUUCCCCCACUGAACAAUUAUAUCUAUAUGAACAUUUUGAUAUCAAUACUUUUUGGGAGAAAACAAAAAAUAGACAACCUAAAAAAACAAAACACGAAGCAUUUAUUUGGUAGCCAGUCAACCACUAUGACAACCUUAGGGACCUUUGUAGAUAAAAGAUGUUGCUAUCAGUAAGAAAUUCCUAGAACUAAGUCAUUGCCUUUCCCCUGCUCAACAAUAUGGAGCCAUCAGGAAGACUCACGUGGACGUUUCAUUUCAGUCACCAACAGGGCAUGCAAUCAGCAAAACCAACAGAGAGGGAACACAGCCUUACCUUGUCAUUUUCCAAAACUAGAGUAAUGCCAUGGGACAACUUCCAAAGCUUUCAUAUGGUCUCAAAGCAACUGGUGUCUUGGCCUCAUAUGUACAUAUUAUAAUUAUCAAUACAAAAGAAAAAUGAAUGUGUAAAGAAAAAAAAUAAUGAAAUAACAUUCAAAAAAUAUAUUAAGAAGAUAUUAAAAAGACAAAAAGUUAAGAAUUUUAAAAAGCUUGGCGCACUUUGAAUUCUGCAGCAGUUCUCAGUCUGAGCUGAUGCCUUUUAUUUCUGUUUUAUUUGUUUACAAUGGUCAUACACUGUGUUUGAUGUUAUCAGCCCAAUAAAUGUGUCUGGAAAGUUAA